UUGCAUCAAGAUCAAGAUCAUCACCACCACCUCCCCGGAGUGACUGAGGCAGAAACGGCGUGUGUGGCCUUACUCUGUGCUGUUCUUCGUCACAAGAGAGUUCCUCAGCCAUGGCAGCCCUGCAGACCUUGAUGGAGAUGGGCUUCUCGGAGAAUGCCGUAAAGAAAUCUUUGGCUGUGACAGGAGGAGGCGUGGAGCAGGCCAUGGAGUGGCUGCUGGCUCACUCUGAAGAUCCAGGCAUCAAUGAUCCCCCAGCAGAGCCAGCAGGUGCAGUUGCUGUUGGUACAAGUGGAGGUGAAGGAGCAUGUGCAGCAGAAGCUACAGAAGGAGCAACUGGUGGAGGUGGAGAAGGCAAAGCAGAUGCAGCAGAGGCGACAAAAGAAGCAAGUGGUGAGGAUGGUCAGGAUGAGGCUAAAUCUAUCAAGUGUGAUGACUGUGGCAAGCUGUUCAAGACAUCAGAGGAGGUGGAGUUUCAUGCUGUGAAAUCAGGUCAUACAAAUUUCUCUGAAUCAACUGAAGAGAAGAAACCUUUGUCAGAAGAAGAAAAGCUGCAGAAGAAAAGAGAGUUGGAGGAAAAAAUCAAGCUAAGGAGGAAAGAAAGAGAGGAAAAAGAAGCUAAGGAAGCCUUGGAACGUGAGAAGAAACGGAUCCAGAUGGGACAGCAGAUAACUGAAAGAAAGCGGAUAAUGCAAGAGAAUGAGAUGAAACGCCUGGCAGAAGAACGGAGGAAGGAAAAGCAGGAGGACAAACUGGCCAGACAGAGGGUGAAGGAACAGAUUGAAAGGGACAGGCAAGCAAGAAGAGAAAAGGAUCUUAGAGGAAGUCAGGGAGCAGCAGUACCUGAACCAAAACCUCAGUCAGCACCAGCUGCUCAACCAACACAAAAGAAAGAUUAUGCACAGGCCAGACUGCAGAUACGUUUUCCAAGUGGAACUCCACUGGUGCAGGAAUUCAAGGCCAAGGAACCCCUCUCAGCUGUGCGUCUCUGGAUCAGCCUUAACUGGCCAGAUGGCGUCCCCCCAGAGACUCCCUUCAACCUCUCCACAACCUUUCCUCGCAAGAUAUUUGAUGAUGAAGAUAUGGAUAAGCCUUUGGAAGUCUUAGGUCUUGUUCCAACUGCUGUACUGAUGGUGUCUAAAUAGGGUAAAUAUAUCUUAUGAUUAUUUUUUUAUGAUUGCUAAUUCAAUAGGGUCUUAAAUUAUGAUUUUACUAUAUGGAUUCACAUCAAUAUUUAGCAAUAAUAUGAAUGGGCUUACUAUUCAUACUGAUUUUUUUUUUUCAUGAUAUAUUGUAAAUUUUAUAUGUAUUAUGUGCAAGAAAAUUGUUACAAGAAUAAAAAUUAAUGAAUAUUU